AUGACCGGGAGAAAAGGAGAGAGGAGCAAUGGAGAGCGGAGGGGAGGAACAGGGGAUCUUGCGUUGGGGGCUUGGGGCUUCAGGUCACGACGACCGUCAACGAGGAGGUCAGGCUUUGGGUUACGGCUCACCGUGGUAUACGGAGGGAGGAAGAGUUCACGACGCGAACGGAUCGAGGAGCAGGCGGCGGCAGCGGCUUCGACCAAGCGGAGGAGAAGGCAGGGAAUGGGGAGAGGGAAAAAGAGGGGACGAUGCGAGCACGGGGCUCGUGGAGGCGGGGUGCCGGGGAGCCCAGGCGCUAGGCAGGGCGGCCGCGCGUGCUCUCCCCCGACGAACAGGCCGGCGACGGCAGCAUCUUCUAUCGGGAGCGGCUGGCUGCUACCCGCGGCAGCAGGCACCAGGUUGAUGGCUCGGGAUAGGGCGGCGAGGAAAAACCAGAUGUGCGGAGAAGGGAUCGUUGUCGAGGUGGUAUAA